AUGGAUUCCAUCCAUCUGGACCAGACCUUUCACCACUCUACCGACACGCACAGGUACCAAAUCCACUGGACCUCUCUUGGUGAUAAUGUCUUACCACCUCUGAUCUUUGUGCACGGUACCCCCUGGUCGUCCCGUGUCUGGGAUACCUACGCACGAUCAUUUGCCAGAUAUUUCCACGUCUAUCUGUUCGACAACCCCGGGUUUGGCGAGAGUCCUCUUGGCCACCCACUCCCGGGCAAGGAGGACGCCAUUACUAAAGACGUCGCCUUGGAUGCCGAUCUGGCGCAGCAGUCAGAGGCCUUUGCUGCGCUCUAUCACGACUGGUCUCGCGACUGGAAGCAUGAAAAGGCUCAUGUCGUCGCACAUGAUCAUGGAGGGCUGAUGGCUUUACGGGCUCAUAUAUUGCAUAGCUGCGAGUAUGCUAGCCUGUGUCUGAUUAAUGUGGUUGCGUUGGGGCCAUUCGGUCAGCCGUUGUUUAAAUUGGUCGCGGAGAAUGAGGAGGUGUUUACUGCCUUGCCUGGCCCGGUUUUUGAAGGUGUUGUGGAAGCUUAUAUUCGAGACGCGGCAUAUACUGAGUUGGGGAAGGAGACGAUGGACAAGCUGAAAAGGCCGUGGGUCAGGAGUGAGGAAGGGAGGAAGGGCUUUGUGAGGCAGAUGGUGCAGGCAAAUAGCCGCCACACCGGUGAAGUUGAGAGCAGGUAUUCGGAAGUCGGCAAGAAGAUACCAGUGAGGAUUAUUUGGGGCAAGGAGGAUAGGUGGAUUCCGGUGGAUACUGCAGACAGACUGAAGGAGAAGCUGUGUGCUAGAGACGUGGUAGUGAUUGAAGAAGCGGGACAUCUAGUGAUGUACGACCAGGGAGGAAAGCUAGGUGCUGAGUUGGGCUGGUGGCUGCGUUCUUUCAGCCAGGGAUAG